GGCCCCGCCCUCCGGACCGCCCGCGAGGCCAGCGCCCCCUGCCUCAUUACGCUAAGAAGUUCUCCAGACCCACGCGGCGGAGUGAGUGACCCUGUUCCGGCCAGUUCGACCUCGAGGAUCCAGAGGUGAAGACGGCACUACUUCCCCGCUCUGGCUUCCAUCCGCUUCAGGUCCUUCCUAUGGAGGCGGGGAAGGAGGUACACCCUGCGCGUGAUCCUGGAUGCCCGCCCCCUGCCCCUCCCUCCGGGUGGAGCUGCCUCAUCACCGCCAGACUUAAGCUGAGGCCUGUUGGCUCUCUGGCAGGGUGUAGAACUGAGCCCAGGCCACACGAUCCUGUUCACGCUCUGCGCUUGUGCCAAGGACUUGACUCAGGAAGAAAUGGCCUCCAAGAAGCCAUCCUAGCAAGAGGGCAAUGGCGGUUUCCUGUGUUCUCCUGCACACUGGGCAGAAGAUGCCCCUGAUUGGUCUGGGUACCUGGAAGAGUGAGCCUGGUCAGGUAAAAGCAGCUGUUAAGUAUGCCCUUAGUGUAGGCUACCGCCACAUUGACUGUGCUGCUAUCUACGGCAAUGAGCCUGAGAUUGGGGAAGCCCUGAAGGAGGACGUGGGACCAGGCAAGGCAGUGCCUCGAGAGGAGCUCUUUGUGACAUCCAAGCUGUGGAACACCAAACACCACCCCAAAGAUGUGGAGCCUGCCCUCCGGAAGACUCUGGCUGACCUUCAGCUGGAAUAUCUGGACCUGUACCUGAUGCACUGGCCUUAUGCCUUCGAGCGGGGAGACAAUCCCUUCCCGAAGAAUGCUGAUGGGACUAUACGCUAUGACUCCACCCACUACAAGGAGACUUGGAAGGCUCUGGAGGCACUGGUAGCUAAGGGGCUGGUGCGAGCGCUGGGCCUGUCCAACUUCAACAGUCGGCAGAUUGAUGACAUACUCAGUGUGGCUUCCGUGCGUCCAGCUGUCUUGCAGGUGGAAUGCCACCCAUACUUGGCUCAGAAUGAGCUAAUUACCCACUGCCAAGCACGUGGCCUGGAGGUAACUGCUUAUAGUCCUUUGGGCUCCUCUGAUCGUGCAUGGCGUGAUCCUAAUGAACCUGUCCUGCUAGAGGAACCAGUAGUCCUGGCAUUGGCUGAAAAGUAUGGCCGAUCUCCAGCUCAGAUCUUGCUCAGGUGGCAGGUCCAGCGGAAAGUCAUCUGCAUCCCCAAAAGUAUCACUCCUUCUCGAAUCCUUCAGAACAUCAAGGUGUUUGACUUCACCUUUAGCCCGGAAGAGAUGAAGCAGCUAAAUGCCCUGAACAAAAAUUGGCGAUAUAUUGUGCCUAUGCUUACGGUGGAUGGGAAAAGAGUUCCAAGGGAUGCAGGGCAUCCUCUGUACCCCUUUAAUGACCCAUACUGAGACCACAGCUUCUUGGCCUUCCUUCCAGCUCUCCGGCUAAUGAGGUCCUAUUACAACGGAAAGAGAGAGUUAAUAAAGCCAUGAGAACAUUC